AUGCCCCCAAGCCCCAGAAGGCGCAAAUGGAACUACGAAAAGCUAGCUCGAGACGCCUUUUUCAACGUGGCCUGUAUGCUUUUUGAAAGUCUCCUCUACGAGACCCGAGCCCAUGUCGGCGGCUAUGGGCUCUUCGUAGACGCGGCCGAGGUCACUUGGGCGCAGAUCUGUUCAUUGGGCAACCUACGCGAUGUUUCAAUGCUCAUGAAUCUGUUUCAGGUAAACCACGUCGGUCUACCCUCGACUGGCCUGUCGGAGAUCGAAGCGCGGGAAUCAACAUUAACCAACGGCAAUCGGAGUCACUAUGAAACUCCGAAGCCAACAGCACCUCCCUCCGCCUGUCAUGGAACCAGUGUUUUUAUCGCCCUCCACACCACACGAUAA